CCUUGCUGUGUAGAAGAAAUGCGCAAGUCUGUAUUAGUGUUUUUGUUUUGUUUACUGCUUUGCCAUGGCACGUACAGUAAAACACAGUGGAUCAAAUUGCAUCGCAAGCAAACUGCCUCGAGUGCUGUCAAGUAUUCGCCAGAGCUGCAAAAAGACUUGAAGGAUUUUCUAGACCUUAUACCCAAAGUGGCGAUUGAUGAAGUGUUUGCCAAGCACAUGUUUGAUCGCGGCUUUAUCAAGGCAAUUAAUUUUCUGAGUGGCGGUGGUUUUCAGCAACUGCUGAAACGCAUAGAGCAAGUGCCUGAAGCUAUAGAGAUUAUAAACUAUUUGCAUCUCAACGACAGUGCCCUAGCAACUCCCAGUUUGCAAUUGCAUAAUAUAGAACAAACAUUGGACAAGCAGCAGACUUAUAGCUAUCAGGCUAAUGCACAUAGCAGCGAGCAGGAUGUGGUCAUUGUUUUGCUGCACUUGCAUCAGCGUGGCCAGACUACAGUGCGUCCUUUCCAGCUGCACAGCUUUGUUAGCUUCGCUCAGGAGCUGCUCACACAUUUACCACGCGAUCGCUUUGUGGCUCUCAUCAAUGAGAAGCGUAAGUCUGGAGUUGUGUUUCCCAAGUUCUAUGAGGCCCUACGCAGCCAGCAGUUCAAGCCGAUGGUGGAAGCUGCCAUGAAAUCGCACAACAUGGCCAGCAUUAUUAGCACAUUGUCCAGCCAUGAAAUUGAUGCCCAGGGUAUGAAGGGUGUCGCAUUUGAUGUCAUAUCCUGGGGACCUAACUAAGUUUAUUAAAUAACAUAUUUUUGCAUUUUGCAAUUGGCAGCUAUUAGUAGUCAGUUUAUAUUUGUA